GUUUCACAACCACAACUCACAUACCGCUCACAAGUUCACAAUUGUUCAUUAGGGAAAAUAGCAGUAUACAUACAGAGGAUUUUGAAUUCAUUGUUAUAAUUUUUCCAAAAAAGGAUUUAAGGACUUAAGGAUACACACACGUUCACAGAAAAUAUAAUGGGGAAAAAUAAGAAAACGCGUAAAGUUGUGAUGCAGAGAUUUGCUCAGAUGAAAAGGAUGAUUAGUCUGAGCGAUUCGCGAAUAAAACCAGAGAAGCGGCUGCCGUCAAAGAAAACUCCAAAAGAAGAUAAGACUAAAAUAAAAGUCACAGAAGUGCCACAACAAUCCUCCGCAUUAUUCUUCCAAUAUAACAUGCAGCUUGGACCGCCGUAUCAUAUUUUAAUUGACACAAACUUCAUUAACUUCUCCAUUAAAAACAAAUUAGAUAUAAUACAGAAUAUGAUGGAAUGCCUCUAUGCAAAGUGUACGCCGUAUAUAACGGAUUGCGUAAUGGGCGAGUUAGAGAAGCUUGGACAGAAGUAUAAAUUGGCAUUGAAAAUCAUCAAGGAUCCGCGAUUUGAAAGGUUAAAAUGUAUGCAUAAGGGAACCUAUGCAGAUGACUGUCUUGUGAACAGAGUAACACAACAUAAGUGCUAUAUCGUUGCAACAAAUGAUAAAGAUUUGAAAAGAAGAAUACGGAAGAUACCGGGUGUGCCAAUAAUGUAUGUAUCUCAACACAGAUUUACGAUAGAAAGGAUGCCAGAUGCGUAUGGCGCACCCAAAUAAUAGUAUAAUUUAUUGAUACCUUUUUUAAAUAAUUAUCUUUUUGUAUUAAACACACACAAAGAUGUGCA